UUCAACGAUUAAUCACAAUUCUGGGAAAGAAAAAAAGAAAAAAAACGUUUCUGUCCACCUUUUGAUUCCUUUCUCCUUUGAAUCCUGCCCGUGAAUCUAAGUUCAUUGUCCGGUACGGUGAGAGACGUUCUCUACAGGUAAAAUUGAGACGGUUGAUAUUUCCAUUCUCUCUUAAAGAUUCUAAAUGCCGGUUUGAUGAGAUUCUUGUUUGGUGUGAUCAGUAUUUUUUUGUGAUUGUAUUAUGUGAUUUUUGUAUGCUCGCUCCAUUGAUCGAUUCUUGACUUUCUAUAAAAGGAUCUUCGUUUUAGGUUUUUGUUUUUGCCUCAAAACCCUAUUUAAUAAUGUCUGAAAUGUUUCUUUGGUCUAAUUCUGAUCUGCUGUAAUUGAAAUUUUGAUUGGUUCAUUCAACAGUUUUGUUGGUUUUGAUUAGAGAGAUAAAAGAGAUUUUGAGGAUUUUCACAACAGAACAUUUGCUGUCUGAUGGAGCAAUUCAGACAAAUCGGCGAAGUUCUUGGAAGUCUUAAUGCACUUAUGGUAUUACAAGAUGAUAUCUUGAUCAACCAAAGACAAUGCUGUCUCUUGUUAGAUAUCUUCAGUUUAGCUUUCAACACCGUUGCAGAAGAGAUCAGACAGAAUCUCAAGCUUGAAGAGAAGCAGACUAAAUGGAGAGCUCUUGAACAACCUUUAAGGGAGCUUUACAGAGUUUUCAAAGAAGGUGAGUUGUACGUUAAGCAUUGUAUGGACAGUAGUGACUGGUGGGGCAAAGUUAUCAAUCUUCAUCAAAACAAAGAUUGUGUUGAGUUUCAUAUACACAACUUGUUCUGUUAUUUCUCUGCCGUUGUUGAAUCCAUCGAGGCCGCUGGGGAGAUUUCUGGUUUUGACCCUUCUGAGAUGGACAGAAGGAGAGUUGUGUUCUCAAGAAAGUAUGAUAUAGAGUGGAAUGAUCCUAAGCUGUUUCAAUGGAGGUUUGGGAAACAGUACUUGGUACCAAGGGAUAUUCUCAGCCGGUUUGAGAAUUCUUGGAGAGAAGAUAGAUGGAAUCUGGUGGAGGCAUUACAACAGAAGAGGAAAUCAGACAGCGAUGAUAUUGGCAAAACCGGGAAGCGUUUAGCUGACUUGCUUUUAAAGAAGUUAACUGGUUUGGAGCAGUUUAACGGGAAACUGUUUCCAAGCUCUAUACUUCUUGGUUCAAAAGACUACCAGGUGAAGAGACGGUUAGAUGCAGAUGGACACUACAAGGAGAUUCAAUGGCUAGGUGAUCGCUUUGCACUAAGGCACUUUUUCAGCGAUCUUGAGCCGCUAAGUUCUGAGAUUUCAUCUCUUUUAGCGCUUUGUCAUUCUAAUAUACUUCAGUACCUAUGUGGAUUCUAUGAUGAAGAAAGGAAAGAAUGUUUCUUGGUUAUGGAGCUGAUGCACAAAGAUUUGCAGAGUUACAUGAAAGAGAACUGCGGACCAAGAAGAAGAUAUCUCUUCUCGGUACCAGUAGUGAUUGAUAUCAUGCUGCAAGUUGCAAGGGGAAUGGAGUAUCUCCAUGGAAACGAUAUCUUCCAUGGAGAUUUAAACCCUAUGAACAUUCUUUUGAAAGAGAGGAGCCAUACUGAUGGUUAUUUCCAUGCGAAAAUCUCUGGAUUUGGUUUAUCUUGUGUCAAAGCUCAGUCUUCUCGGUCAUCCUCGAGACCAGGCACUCCUGAUCCUGUGAUAUGGUACGCACCUGAAGUUCUAGCAGAGAUGGAGCAAGACCUGAAUGGUAAAACUCCUAAAUCCAAGUUGACGCAUAAAGCUGAUGUAUAUAGCUUUGGAAUGGUGUGUUUUGAGCUCAUAACAGGUAAAGUUCCAUUUGAAGAUAGUCAUCUUCAAGGUGAACAAAUGGCCAUUAACAUUAGGAUGGGAGAGAGACCUCUAUUCCCAUUCCCUUCACCAAAAUACCUCGUUAGUCUUAUUAAACGGUGUUGGCACUCAGAACCGAGUCAGCGUCCUAACUUCUCUUCGGUUUGUCGGAUACUACGUUACUUCAAGAAGUUCCUGGUUGUGAAUCCAGAUCAUGGUCAUCCUCAAAUGCAAACUCCACUAGUUGAUUGUUGGGAUUUAGAAGCAAGGUUCUUGAGAAAGUUCCCAGGUGAUGUAGGGUCUCACACGGCGUCCGUGAACCUAAUCCCUUUCCAACUAUACUCAUACCGGGUUCUGGAAAGAGAGAAGAUGAAUCCAAACACAAAAGAAGGCUUAGAGGGAAGUAGUGAAUCUGAAAGCGUUUCAGUUGUUGAAGAUCCACCCAAUGCCAUGAUUACAAGAGAUACAAAGUCAUUGUGUUUAGAUACAAUAUCUGAAUACUCAGAUACAAGAUCAGUCUACUCAGAAGCUCCCAUCAAAAAGGUCUCAGGUUUAAAGAAGAGCGGCGAAAUGGCAAAGCUCAGAAAAAGUCCAAGCUUAGGUUCAGAGAAGUUGAGAUCCACAGGAACUUCACCGGUAAAAGCAAGAUCAUCGCCAAAAGCAUCACCAUUGAGUCCAUUUGGAAGAAGCAUCAAAGCAAGGAAAGAUAAUAGAUUGCCUAUGAGUCCAAUGAGUCCUCUAAGCCCAGGAAUACGUAGACAACAAACUGGUCAUGCUUCAGAUUCUGAGCUUACUUAGCUUUUCAUCAAAAAUAGAGAAGAAGAAGGAGAAGAUCCAUGAAAAAGCAGAGGACAUAGUUUUUUGGUCAGUAUUCAAAGCAGAGUUCGUAGUUUCAUACAUGAAAAAAAAAACACGAAAUCGAAAACAAUGAGAUAUUUGUAUACAAUUUGUGGUUAAUAUUUAGAGAUUUUGUCUUCAAGAUAUGGUUUAUUUGGUAGUGGAAGUUUGGAACUAGACUCAUAUUGUGGGGCCAAGAGUGAAUUUUCAAGAUUCAAA